AUGGACGUGCCCCUCGAGCAGGUCAAGCGCGCAGCGGCGCUCCAGGCACGCCGCCGCGAAGAGCUGGACGCGCUCAAGAAAGAGCGGAAAGAGCGUGACAAGAUGUCGGUGACUGCCAACUUCAGCGGGAAGCAGAAGAAGCACCAGCUCCGUGCACGCAAACAGCGACUGGCCUCUCGCCGAGACGACGAGGCGGCGCUGGACCUGCAGAGCGCGCAGUACGAAGCGUUCUAUGCUGGAAAAUUGGCAGCAGAUGAGGAAGCAGUAGAUGAAAGGAGUGGCAAUCAAGACGUGCGUGCGUCAUUGGAUUUUUUCGCGCGAGCGAACGAUCUGGACAACGACCUCAGUGCCAGGCUGAAACUCACUGUGGCUCUAGGCAAGAACAAUAAGGAUGCGGUGGGUAAAGAGCUCUCGAGCUUCUUUGUGAAGGAGACGAAGGAGCAAAUUCAGCUGAGACUUAUGGAGGGACAAGGACCACUGGAUGUGAAGAAGAGAGAGACGCCGCUGCUGGCGGUCGUGAGUGAACGCGACCCGAUUCUGGACCACCCGAAGCGACCACAAUGGACGUAUACAAUGUCCAAGGAAAAAUUGGACAACAAUGAGAGUAUCAUGUUUGACCAGUGGCUGACGAAGAUUCAUGACAAGUAUGACAACGAGCACUUGAACCACUUUGAACACAAUUUGGAGGUCUGGCGCGAGCUGUGGCGUGUCAUUGAGCGAGCAACGCACGUUGUGGUCGUGGCUGAUGUGCGCAACCCACUACUUCAUAUUCCUGCUUCCGUGUACGAUCUCGUCACGAAGGAGCUAAAGAAGCCGAUGGUUGUCGUGCUGAAUAAGGUUGAUCUGAUUCCAGCCGCUGUGAUCCAGCUCUGGAAGCGCUACUUGUCUGGACGAUUUCCGCUUGCCCAACUUGUCUACUUCUCAUCGCGCUCCAACGCUGUGUAUGGCGAUACCAAUGUAAGUAUCCGGCGCCGUGUCCUCAGCAAGAAGCUUGAUGUAGGAGAUGCGUCGGCGAUUAAGGGUGCAGUGGAUAUCCUGGUGGCUUGCGGCAUUGAGACCACAGAGGCGCAACAGCUUGCUGAAGAGUUGAACGCAGACGCUUUGACACGAGAGAGUUUGCCGCCGCAUUUUGAUGCUGCGCAAGACCAGAAGGCAGGUGGUAAACGUCGUAGUCGACGCAAACAGAAGAAUCGUGGUGGCGUUCGACAUAGCAAAGCAGGUGAUGAUGGUUUAGCCUCGCAUUACGAAUGUCAGCACUGUGGCAGUGACGGUGCUGUCGUCGCUUGUAUGUCAUGUGCAACUGGUGGGCGGCCGAGCAGUACCGACGCCAAUGUCAAGGAUGAAGCGGAUGCUAUCGCUCGAGGAUACUUGUUAUGCACACGUUGUGAUCGUGAGGAGCAUGCCGAACUUAAAGGCCAUUACCAAGUUAAGCUACAAUCUGCGUCGGCCACGACGUCGACGGACCUCCCGGUACCUGGUAGCGCCGGAGCGAUUGGCUCCGCCCACACACCAAAGGUAACCAUCGGUCUGAUCGGUCAUCCGAACGUGGGCAAGUCCAGUGUGUUGAACGCGCUCGCCGGCAAGAAGAUUGUGAGUGUCUCGCACACGCCAGGACAUACGAAAAGACUCCAGUCCAUAAUGAUCACACCUGAGAUCUGCAUUUGCGACUGCCCUGGUCUCGUGUUUCCAUUUGCUGGUGUGCCAAAGUACCUCCAAGAGCUAAGUGGGCUGUACCCGUACUCACAGAUUCGGGAGCCGUACUCAGCGGUGCGAUUUCUAGCAGAACAUGUCGUGCUGGAACACAUUUUGGACUUGAAGCCUCGCACGCAGCUUUUUGACGGACAGAUGGAGGAACUGGAAUGGACGCCGUGGAAUUUAUGUGAGGCUUAUGCAGAGAAACGCGGUUAUCGCACAGACCGUCGUGGUAGGCCAGACCACCAACGAGCUGGAUCGGAGCUCGUACGCGACGCAGUGGACGGCAUUUUACCCUUGUUCUUUCUUCCUCCUGAUUACAGUGGGAAGGACGUUACGCCGACCAGUAUCGCAAAAUACUGCAAGCUUGAAGAAGCCCCACUUGGAAACGAUGAUAAUAACGCAAGCGCUGACGAAACCAGUUCAGAGGAGGCUGAGAAAGAGGAGAACGAGCCACGAGCACAACCUGCAAGUCGGAGGAAUCAGCACUCAGCUCCAGCUAACGCGUUCAGCUUACUGGAUUCAGACUCAAGUGACGAUGAAGACAGUAACGAAUGGUAA